AUGAGGAACACUCGCACUGCUACUAUUCAAUCGAUCGACCCCUCGUCGGUGCACAGAAUAUGUUCCGGCCAAGUCAUCUUGGACAUUUCCUCGUGUGCGAAAGAACUCAUCGAGAACAGCGCAGACGCCGGGGCGACGAACGUGGAAAUUCGAAUGCGAGAGUUUGGAUUGGAAUCCGUCGAGGUGAGCGAUAACGGUUCCGGAGUUGCGAGAGAGGACGUGAAGAUGUUGACGAUGAAAUACGCGACGUCGAAACUGAGAACGUUUACGGAUUUAGAGGAUGGGGUGGAUACGUUUGGGUUUCGAGGCGAAGCGUUGUCGUCCUUGUGUGGGACGUGCGAGCGAUUGAUAAUCACCACGAGAACUUCGAGCGACGAGGAAGGCUUGAAGGUGACGUUUGAUAAAAACGGCGACGUCGAGACGGAGGAGAUUUGCGCGCGGUCGGUUGGAACGACCGUGAGAGUUGAGAAGUUAUUUCAUCCCUUACCGGUGAGACGGAAACAGUUUGAACGAAACAAAGCGAAAGAGUACGCGAAGUUGUUGCGGGUUUUACAAGGCUACGCGUUGGCCUCGGAAACGAGCGGGUGUCGAUUCGUCGCCACGCACCAGCAAGGUAAAAACGGCGCCAGGCAAACGGUGUUGCAAUGUCGAGCGUCUGUUUCAAAUGGUGGUGGUGGUGGUUUCCGCGAUCGCGUGGCGUCGGUUUUCGGCGCGAGAACGGCGGAGAGCGUGUUUGAAAUCGACAUCGGUUUAGAGCGAGAGAAGAGCGCGGAUGAAAUUUUAGAAGAAGAAGUAAAAGAAGAAGAAGAGGAUGUAGAGGAUGUAGAUAACGACGACGACGAUCGUUUCGGACGAUGUACAGGGUGGGUCUCUUUGCCCGGUCUCGAAAAUAAGAAAACCUCCGCGCGAGCCUCGGCAGAUCGGCAAUUCUUUUACGUCAACGGACGCCCGGUAGAUUAUCCGAAAAUCGCGAAAACUCUGAACGAAACGUUUCGCGCGUACAACGCGACUACGACGAACGCAAAUUAUCCGUCCUGCGCAUUGAAUUUUGAAGUGCCGAAACAUCUCGUGGACGUGAACGUCUCUCCUGAUAAGAGAACGGUCAUGUUUACGAACGAACACGACAUAUUGAUGUACUUUAGGAACGGGAUCAAGAAAGCGUUCGAACGCGCGGUUGGCGGGAACGGAGAAAGAGGGUCGGCGGAUGGUCUCGUGAGGAAUUUUAGAGCAACCGGGGUGGACCUGUCGCAGCUGCCGAUGACGCCCGCAGACGCGUUGAUUGAUGGCCCGAUGAAGGGUGCGAUGAUGAUUGAUACCGAUGAGUUUGAAGUGAUUGACGACAGCGAUGGAGAACAAGGAAAAGAAGGUAUCGCUUGCGCGUUACCCAUGCCGCCGAUCCAAGUCAAAGAGGAGAAGCCGAUGCGAGUUUCCGCCGACGCUUCGACGCAACAACAACAACAGCAGCAGCAAACAGAUUUGCAAGCCUUUGGUUUCACUCGAGAAGCUAUACCUGCCACGCAAAGGAGAAACACAGCCGUUAUCGAUAAGAUUGCGGCCGAAAUCGCCGCGGUUGAAAACACGGAGACCAAGUUUCAAUCGUUACCGGAGACAUACAAGGAACGCGCGGUGAUGUUACCGUCGGAUUCGGAAAACGACGAAGACGAAAUUAUGGAUGCAGAUUUCGACCCAUUCGCGAUGAAAGCGACGAUGGCGGGUAAAAUUUCGUCGAAGAAGCGCAAAGUAAUCGAUGAUCUAAACGCGACGACCGAAGCGGAGGAGAAUGAAAUAAUUGAAAACGACGCAGACGGCGAGAAAGAAAAUAACUUUGAGCAUCGAAACGCUCAACAGCAACGACAACAACAGCAAACGCUUAAAGAAGUCGAGUUUAAUAUCGAUGUCGUUCGCGUAAAGAGGUUGAAACGAGCGAAAAGAGAGAAACGUUUAGCGCUCGAAAGGGAGAAAAAAGCCUCCGCGGAUGCCGAGUUGCUGAAAGAAGCUUCUUUACACAACCAAGAUAACGCGGCGGCAACCAACGCGCUCAUCCGGCGGUUCGAUAAAUCCGAGUUUGCCAACGUUCGCGUCGUCGGACAGUUCAAUCUCGGCUUCAUCAUUGUCGUUCGCGACAAUACCGAUAUAUUCAUCGUCGAUCAACACGCCAGCGACGAGAUUUACAAUUUCGAGCGACUACAAAAAACGACGACGUUGAACAAGCAACCGUUGAUUCAACCGCAACGGUUGGAACUGUCACCGGCGGAGGAACAGAUCGCGAGAUCGAACGAAAAGACGUUCUUAAUGAACGGGUUUGGGUUUUGUGACGUUGCAACAUCUCCUCCCAACUUUCCGGGCGAUGAAUCCUCCUCCUCUCGCUUGGCGCUCGCCGCGGUCCCGUUUAGCAAAGACACCGUCUUCGACGCCUCGGACGUCCACGAACUCGUCGCAAUGCUCGACGAGGGAGAAUACGCCGUCCCAGUUCGUUCUCAACUUUCCGUCGGUUUAUUAAAAAACUCCGCCGCCGAUGCCGGCGGUAGUACUAAAACCGUCCUCCGUCCGAGUAAAGUCCGAAACAUGCUCGCCAUGAGAGCCUGUCGGUCGUCGAUCAUGAUCGGCCAGCCUUUGAGUCGACGCAGGAUGAAGAAAAUCUUGCAAAACUUAUCCGCGUUGGAGAGGCCGUGGAACUGUCCUCACGGAAGGCCAACCAUGCGACACGGCUGUCGAUUGUAA